CAUGAUGGCACAUAAGGAGUACCAACAUGCAGCUGCCUCGAAACCUGGGGAGGGGAAGUGUGUAUGCUGAGCAGGUAACUGAACAAAAGUGAAAGUAAAAAGCGCGGGGACAGGAAGUGACACUGACCCGGGACCACAGAACCAAACAGGAAGUUCUCCAUACAUCCCUUUGAAUCUGCCUCCCUGAGUUCAGCAUGCAGGCUUGAAGCCGUGUGUGUGUGUGUGUGUGUGUGUGUGUGUGUGUGUGUGAGCAGUCUGCUGGUGGCAUCUUGUGUUGCUCUUGAUCCUUUUAUCUCUUCGGUCGGCCUCCUCGGGCUCUCAGCUGCUUACAGCACAAGAGGAUUACUCAGAGUUUUCCUGCAGGCGUCUGCGGUCGGAGUGGGGAAUGGGUCGGUGUGGACGGGUGCAGGAGGGGUUGGGGUUGCUCCUGGUCUUCUGGCUGACAGUGGGGCCGGUGCCGGCUCAGGGUCGGCACCCUCUGCCCGUGCUGUGGCUGAUGCCGGUCGGCUCCGGGUCGGGUGGGGAGAACCUGACGGCAGGCGUGGCUCCGGCUGUAAGACUGGCUCUGCAGGACCUGAAGAAACAACCACCACUGCUGGGGAACUACGAGAUCCAGCUCCAGCUGCUGGACUCACAGUGCGAUCCCGCUAAAGCGCUCAAAGCCCUGUUUGAUGCCGUGUGGGCGGGGCCGAAGUACCUGCUGCUGUUUGGAGGGGUGUGUCCACCUGUGACGGCGCUCAUCGCUCGCGCUCUUCCGGCGCUCGGCCUGGUGCAGGUGUCUUUUGCGGCCUCGGCUCCCGGCCUGUCCAACAGGAAGUUGUACAGAAACCUGUUCAGCACGGUGCCGUCAGACCGAGCGCUGAACCAGGCCGCCGUGAAGCUGCUGCAGCGCUACAAGUGGACCAGAGUCGGCGUGGUCACGCAGGAAGGACCCAGACUCUCCGAGAUGAAGAAGGAUCUGAUCAGACAGCUGCUGAGAGCCGGCGUUCACGUCGCCGUCACAGAAAGCCUCUCUGGAGACGUCUGCCGCCGCCUGAAGAAGCUGAAGGAUGAGGACGUUCGCAUCAUCGUCGCGCAGCUGGAAGAUGAGUCUGUGUCUGAGGUGUUCUGCUGUGCUUACAAACUGAACCUGUUUGGGGCUCGGUACCAGUGGAUCGUAGCUGGUGGAGGAGCAGCUGGGUGGAGGCUGGGGUGGAAGUUUUCUGGCUGUACGGCCAACAGCCUUCUGGUGGCGGCAGACGGGUCCAUCCGGCUGCGGGUCCGAGAGCUCGGCAACGCCAAUGCACCGGGAGUCUCUGGACGGACUCCUCAGGACUACCAGGACUCCUACCUCAGGCAGCUGAUCCAGGAGAGGUCAGAGGUCAGCUCGCUGCACUCCUUCGCCUAUGAUGCCGUUUGGGUCGUUGCCAGAGCUCUGAGUCAGGCGACAGAGGCGGCGAAACAAAGAGAGAAAUACAGGAACGUGACGGUCAGCGAGGAGGAGGUGGCGAGGAUGUUGCUGGAGGCCGUGAGGAGCACGCGGUUCGAAGGAGUCACAGGUCCGGUUUUCUUUCGGAACGGGGAGAGAAUGACGUCGAUCGAGCUGGUCCAGUUUCAAGUCAGCAGUGGUGUCGUGGUGGGGGAGUUCAAUACCAGCACCCAACAACUCCGCCUGAUGCACCACCUGCUCAGGUUCAAAGGUCCAGGACCAGCUAAAGACCAGCCUGUGGUCCUUCUGCAGCACCGUCACAUCAGCCUCCUCCUGUACAUCGUCAUAUCGUCAGCUGCUGGUGUGACCAUCAUCAUCGCUCUGAUCGUCCUCUUCUUCGUCAUUGUCAACCACAAACACCGGUGGCUCGGCUCGGGCGGUGCGUCCCAGGACGAGCUGCUCCUGCUGGGCGUCCUGCUCUCCUCCUCCUCGGUGCUGUUCUCCGGCCUGGACGAAGCCCCGCUGUCGGACUGGAUGUUUGGGGUUCUCUGUUCUGUGCGUCUGUGGACUCUCGCCGUGGGGCACACUGUGGGCUUUGCUGCACUCUUCACUGAAACGUGGAGGGUCUACUCGGUGUUCAGCAUCAACCAGAAGCAUAGCCGAGCGCCGUCAGCAGGCUGCGUCAUAUUCUGGUUAUUCCUGGUGGACACGCUUGUUUUAACCUCCUGGCAAAUCCUGGACCCCCUCAGAUGGGUGGUGCUUCAGCAUAACACAGAGGGCGACGCUGCUGAUGAGGACGUUAUCAUCCGGCCGUACUCUGAACGCUGCAGCAGUGUUAACAUGGAGCUGUGGCUCACUGUGGUCUAUGGAUACAAAGCACCUCUGCUGCUUCUCGGAUGUUUCCUGGCCCUGAACAUCUGGACCGCGGAGGUCAGCGAGCCAGCAGACAGCGGCAAACACCUGGCGCUGAGCACGUUUGCCCUGACGGCGUUCAGCGUGUCGGGAGUGUCCGGAUCGCUGCUGAUGUCCCACGAUCCUCCAGUUCAGUUCUGUGUGAGCAGCAUCCUCAUCCUCUGCUGCAACGUCUUCAUCCUGAGCGGAUGGUUCGGACCGAAGAUUGUGUUUGUGUGCUGGAGCGGCGGCGGCGGCCUGCAGCAGGCGUCCGGGCUGCAGGGUGAUGCUGCACAGGAAGAUGAAGAUCAGCUGAGCAGGUUAAAUCAGCAGCUCAGGAGUGAAAGUGCACAGCUGGAUGUGGAAAUAGAAAUCAUCAGAAUGGAGCUUUCUGAGACGUCGGGGAUGUUUCAGCAUCUGAUGAGAGACAAACACGCAGCUGAAAUUGGAUCAGUGACUCAUGAAGCUCAGAUCUGUGCGGAAAACAGAAACGGCGAGAGCGAAGCUUCAACCCUGAAAGACAUCAACUCGCCCGAACACAUGCGGCGCCGUCUGUCUGUCCAGCUGCCCAUCCUCCAUCAUUCCUACCUGCCCAUGGUCGGUGGCGUCAGCUCCAGCAGCUCCAGCCUGUUCGGCAGCCAGGAAGUCUUUGUCGAUCAGCACAAUAACUUCCUGUACACCUGAUGGCAGGAAGCUGCAACUUUGACCUCCUUGGGAAAGAAAUAUGGGACUUUAUGCUGCGCUUACACAAAUCAGCCAGAACAUUAAAAUCACCUGCAAAUAAUUUGUCCUCAGUGUUUGAGGUGUGUUGGGGAGGCUGCUGCCAUCUGGGAGUGCCGCGACCACUGCACUGUAAACCCAAACGCUCAAAGUACUUAAUAAAUUAAGUAAUGUAAACUUACUUUUUAAAAAACAUUCAUACUCAGUUCAUUUUACAUUUUGUUCAAUUUAAGUUUAAUUUAACUUAUUAUUUUUAAACAAGUUCAACUAUUUUGCAUAUUAAGUACCUGCUACUUAAAAAAUAUGAGUUAAUUUUACUAAUUUAUUUAAAUGAUAUGUAGGGAUGGGUAUCGAAAACCGGUUCUUGUUGAGAACCGGUUUCAAUUCCUUGGAAUUGUUUGCCAUUUUUGCAAACGAUUCCCUUAUCGAUUCCAGUCGCCCCGAAUGACGUCACCGCGUUGCGGAGCGUCAUUUACCUGGCAGGAAACAUGGCGGCUCAAACGCUAAAAAGUUUGGUCAUACUUUACGAGAACGGAUGACAACAGGGCAACUUGCAAUACUUGCAAAGUAGAUAUUUCAUUAAAGGGAGGAAACACUGCGAAUAUGCAAAAGCAUUUGCUCACAAAACACGCGAUGACCUUAAAUGAAUGUCGUGUUUUUAAUUUCGCUCCGGACUCGUGAAUCUCAACCCAGCAGCAGCGGUAACGUUUGCACGUCCUCUCCCGUUAAUGCGGCAGGUAAAUAAUCAACUAACAGUGCAUAUUAUGUUAGUGCGAUCUGCCUUAUUACAAAACCUGCCAUGACUGUGCAUUUAGGUGACCAUGAUGAGAGAGACAGAGUCUGGCUGGCUCAGAUGCUGGCAGUUCUCGCUGCAGUCUACCGGUAGCGUCUCCUUUCAGGCCAGUAUGUCACCGAGCAGUGACUAAGUUUGUGGUCAAAGGCUUGCACCCAUUUGCCACAGCAGAUGCCCCCGAUUUUCGGUAAGUGAAUGUGUUUAAUUGUAGGCAGGGACAUUACUGGAUAUUCUUGUGUAAUUGCUACAGAAUAAUUUAUGUUAUACUUUGUUAUUGCUACAGAAGAAUAUUUAUUUUAUUAUUUUACAUUUACAAUUUUUUUCCUGGGGACCCUGUGACACCCCAUGAA